AUUGUUCUCUGGUUCAUGUGUCAGAGCAGCUGUGUGAAUCCUGAUCGUUCCUCCCGUGUGUCUGUAGAUGAAGUGGACCUCCUGUCCGAGGACUACGAGGCCGUCGACCAUCGGCUCAAGCUUUUCCUGGAUGUGGAGGUUUUUGAGGAGGAGGAGGAGGAGCUUCACUCUUUCCUCAAGAUGUCAGCUGUCAGAUUCGGGGAGCCGGGGGAGGUUCCUUCUCUGCUGGUGGUGACAAACCUGAGAAUCUAUUUCCUGGAGAUGACGUCAGAGAUGCAAGGCCAGCUCUCCGAUUGGCUCCAGAAGCGCGACAGCCACCCAAUCAUGGAGCUCAGCUACCUGGAGGUGGGGCUGGGCUCUCAGACCAUCCACAUGGAGUUCGGAGACGGGGGCGCAGCGUACACCCUCCUGGUCCGGGACAGUCUGCGCUGCAAACGCUUCUUUGGCUUGUUGACAG